GAACUUUUCCGAAUCACUUCGAUUCGGCUACUUUCCCGAAUCUUUCCGAAUCUUCAGAUUCGACUCCGAAUCUCGAUUCGGGUUAAAGAUUCGUCCCAUCACUAAUAGACGACAGUGGCUGUGUGCUUUUGCACUUUCCGGCCGUUUUCAAACGUUCUGGUGUUGUACUAAUUUCGAUCCCAGCGUUCACGGUGAAAAAUUUGAUGCUCUUCUGAGCCUGCAUGGCUGGAAGCCAGAAGAGACUCUACAACUAUGCAUCUCACCUGCACAGACGCUGCCCUGGAGUUCCCCCUGCCAAGAGGUUGUGCCGGAGCCUCUGUCAGACAAAGAGCAUCGUCAGUGAGAGCAUGGUCAACUAUGACCUGACUUGCAAAGAUGAAAGACCCUCGGCAUGCCAACUCGUAAAUAACCUGUCUGUCUGGAAUGAGUUCCUAUGGCUUGUUGAUGCAGAGCUUAAAGAAGUUGUCCCAGGAAGACUGGCACUAGUGACCUUGAAUGGUGAUGUUUGGCCCCACGUUUCGAAUGUGCAGAGCCGCCACAUUUCUGUUCUUAUCCAUUGGCUUCUGGCAAAGCACCAAUGUAUCGAGACACUGGAGCUGAGGGAGACGGUUAUUCCCAGCAACCCCUCUCUAUUUUGCGAUGCCCUACGUGAAAAUCAAGGCCUACGGCACCUCAAGCUUUGUGCCUAUCACCUUGAUGACAGUGUUACCAAAUGCCUCAUAAGAUCUAUAGGAUCUAUGCCACUGCUAGAGACUUUGGAGCUGAAGAGUGUGCGGUUGCAGAAAAUGUCAUUAGCCACAUUGAGAGAGGUGCUUAAGACAACAAAGGCGCUGAGAGUACUGUCACUGACCCACAUUGUACUGCUUCCCGAUAGUGUCACCAACUUGCUUCAGAGUUUAAAGUGCGUGACUUCCUUGGAGGUUCUUCAUCUGGAUGACAACUUCCUUCGACCUGGGAAAGGCACGGUGCUGGGAGCCUUCUUAGAGGAUCAUGAUGGUAUCACGGAGUUUUCACUCACACAGACCUUGGAUGAAACCACAUUCAAAGUCAGCCCUGUCAUCAGGUCACUGAAGAAAAGUGCUAUGAAAAGAAUGCACCUUGUAAGGUUUGCCCUAAGCAGAUCUGAUCUGCUAGUUCUGCAAGACAUACUUGAAACAAACACGAGCUUGCAGUAUCUGCGAGUCGUUUUCAGCAACAAUCAAAACGCUGUGCCAUGCACAUUUGCCGAUCUGGUUCAGAGGAACAUGGGGCUGAAGGAAUUAGUUUUAGAACAAGGUUCUCUCAGUUGUGACAGUGUUUCCUGUUUUGCUGAUGUACUGGUGAAUAACUCAAACUUAAAAACACUUGAACUUCCUCAUUGCACUCUCGAAGCAACUGAUGCAAUAGUUCUCGUGGGGGCACUGGACAGAAAUAACUCUCUCGACAAACUUGUCCUAGGUUCUAUUCGUUGCUCCACAGGCACUGACCUUUCACAUGUGCUUGCAAAAACUAAUUGUUGUAAAAGGGUACAAUGCACAUUUUCAUUCAAUCAGAUUUCAUCAUUGACCCUGGCUUUGCAAAGUGGUUCUGGAAUGUCUAGUAUUCUUUUUCACUCUAGAGAUGAAGUUGACCCUAGAGAUCUUCAAAGACUGUUUGCACAGCUUUGCUGUUCUCCAUCACUAACCAAGCUUUCGCUCAGAUUGUUCCAGUGCAUUGAUGAUGACACUGCCAGGCACUUGCAAAGAUUACUCGCCACUACAAAGACAUUGAAAAGUGCAGACCUUGACUUUGCAACAGAGCUGUCAUCCACACAGAUCUUGUUGAAAGGUCUUCGGCGGAAUCGGGGUCUCUCCACACUGAAAGUGCGGCGGUGGAUGUUCGGCAGCGACGAAGCAGAGCUUCUGAAGUCUGUUCUCAGCAGAAACAGGGCUUUGACUCGCCUAAGCUUUCAGCACCAGGCAAACGACUCGAAUGCUACUGUGACAGUGGCAUUGGCACAGUGCUUAGAUCGCAACUGUACCUUGCUCAGAGUGAAGACCCGGGAGGAUCGUGAGCUGGAACUGUUUACGUUCCGCAUACGCGACGCCCUUAGGCGUAACCUCACCCUCUUUCACAAGGCUCUGAAAUUUGUCUUGGGGUGGAACCAGAAGCACCUGGCAGCUGCCUUUGAGAAAGUCUGCGGAAGUGACGCCAUGGUGGAAAAAGUGAUGGAACUUGAGGGCGACACCAACCUGGAAGCCAAGCAGCGCAUCAAGUGCAGGGAUUUAUACUUGCGGACUCACUUCUUCCAGAUUACGCGGGUUGUGAACAACAAGCUGGAGUGUGUUCGGACUGGUCUGGGUGGCGUGAGCUUGGAUCAGCUUGGGUGGGACUGCUUGCUAAGGAUUUUGUCGUACCUUAGCGUUUCUGACGUUCGUUCGGGUUAUGGUUGAAACAGUUUUCAGUGACGAUUCUUUCGCAUUGGUGGAAGGCUUUUUGCAAGAGUAGGCAAUCCUUAAGAAGUAGACAAACCAGAGUGGUAGCAUAUUGGAAGUGUACAUUCUUUCUGGAUGAUCCAGGUAAGAAUAAUCACUGAGGAUGCAGAAUUAUGCAUAAAUGAAAGUAAUGCACACAAAGUCAACACAGCUUUCAAAAGCUUUGUUGUCUAUAGUAUCCUAUGUAUUUUUUGGUUUAUAUGGAUUGUGCUAACCGAUGCUAAAAAAGAUUUCACCAUUUCAGAGAUUGUGCUUUGGAACAAGCGUCUCUUGAAUUGCACUGCUCACUUUCUACUUAAAACUGUUUCAGACCAAAGAUCUCUAGAUGCCUUUCAACAUGUCAAGCUUCCAGUCGAGAUCAUGGGCCAGAAAAUAAUCAGAUGCUUGUGAGGAGGAGCAUAGCAGCCACAUUAGAAUCUGCAGGACUAGUAGUUUGCAACUCAUAAUUGCAUUGCUCAGUCUCCUAGGCUAUGAGUAGAAAAUGUGUGAUAGCUGGCAGUCAUCGCCUGCAAUUUCUUUGUUAAUUUACAAAUAAGUGGGCUAUAAAAGUUUCCUGUUUAGCAAUGUGCUGUGCUCAUGACGUUGCCAGUCUCUUGACAGCCAAGGCUGGCAUAGGUCAUCAGCUUUGCCACUUGGGGGCGUAAAUGCAUUGCAACCUCAGCUUGAGUGCUGUGCGGUCAGUCAUUUCGGUGGCCUCGGCAAUCACUUGCAAUCGCGAGUGGGAUUGUCCGUAGUGCUUUGUGCAAUGACUAAUCGCCACGUAGUGAUGAAGAUUGGGAGUAUGCGGACGAUGAGCAAGACAUCAGCAAUGAGAAAGACUCUGUGAUUUGCAGAAAACACAUUCCAAUUACUGGUACUGAAAUAGGAGAGGUGGUGGUGCAUAGUUACUACGAAAGUAAAUUAAAAAGUUUCGGGAAUGAAAAAACAAACAAAAAACUAUAAAUCUGAUUCAAGGUAUACUUUGUUUUUCGACAUAAUCCCCCCGAAGCUCGACAUGCUGGGUUCAACGUUUCUCCAGCUUUUCGAUUCCCUCCCAGAAGUAACUUUCAUUGAGAUCCCCAAAAUAACCGUUCACUGCCUCCCUCACCUCUUCAUUCGACAGAACUGUCCUUCCAGCCAGUAAGGAUUUGAGCUUUGGGAAUAGGUGGAAGUAAGAGGGAGACAAAUUGGGUGGAUACGGUGAAUGCGGAAGGAUUUUGAGCUUUAGUUCUGUCAGUAUUUGCCGAGCGAAUGCAUUUUGAAUGAGCAGGUGCACUGUCGUGGUGAAACAACAGCUGUUCCUUGACCAUCCCCAGGCGUUAUUCUUGAAUUACUUGUUUCAACUUGUCCAGGAUUGUUAUGUAGUGUCGGCCAGUGACAUUUCUCCCUUUUCAAGAUAAUCAAAAAGCAAAAUUCCUUUAGCAAUCCCAAAAGGCUGAUAUCAUCACCUUGCCAGCCGACUGAAUGGUCUUUACCUUUGAAGCCGAUUCUCCAAGGCCAGUUCAUUGUUCCGAUUGACUUUUUGUUUCUCGUGUGUAAUGGUGGACCCACGUCUCGUCUAUAGUUACAAAUCAUCCCUUGAAAUCUGUUCGGUUUGCCUGAAACACGUGCACAAUGUCGGCUGACAUUCGGGCACGAAUGAGUUUUUGAUUUUAAUAGAGCAAAUGUGGCUCCCAUCUUGCAGAAAGUUUCUUUAAUCCCAUUUCAUUGUGUAAAAUAUGAAAAACUUGUUCAGAAGAGAUAUUGUGGAUUUUAUCCACAAUUUCUGGUGUGGUAGCGGUUUUUGGACGUCCUGAAUUCAUGGUUCAUCACUUGUGUCCUUACGACCACGCUUGAAUUCGCAAACCCACAAAUUUGCGGUAGAAAACAAAGGUGAUGAGUUCCCAAGAACAGCAUUCAACUUGAACUUGAUUUCUGUCCCAGGUUUUCCCCCCAAAUAAAAAAAAAAA